AUGCGAGCGUGGGUCCUACUCUCCGCGGUGCUCUGGUACCUCACAGGAGUUGGAUGGCAGCGUAAUUCUGAGCGCACUGAGAAAGGCUUCAUUUAUGGCAAGCCGGGACACCCAGUGAAAGUAUAUGUAAAUUUACAUCACAGUAGCCCAAUCCUUGUCUGUAUGGAUUUGAAACUCGCUGAAAAAGAAACAGUGGACCCCACCUACUUAUGGGUUGGGCCUAAUGAAAAGCCAUUAACAGGAAAUAAUAGAAUAAAUAUAACUAAAACAGGAAAGCUGAUGGUGAAAGACUUUCUGGAGCCUUUGUCUGGACUUUACACAUGCACUCUUUCUUAUAAGACUGUCAAAGCAGAAACCCAAGAAGAAAAGGUAGUAAAGCAGAGAUAUGACUUUAUGAUCUUUGCCUACCGGGAACCUGACUAUUCAUAUCAGAUGGCUGUACGUUUUACCACAAAAUCUUGUGUAGGAAAGUAUAAUGAUCUGCUUUUUAGAAUGCUGAAGAAAAUCUUGGAUAAUUUAAUCUCUGAUUUGUCAUGCCAUGUCAUAGAACCAUCAUAUAAAUGCCAUUUUGUUAAAGUCCCAAAACAUGGCCUCAUUCCUGAGCUAUUUAUAGCCUUUCAAGUUAAUCCUUUUGCACCAGGGUGGAAAGGUAAAUGCAAUGAGUCUGUUGACUGUGAAGAUACCACUAACCAUAAUAUCCUCCAGGCAAGAAAUCGAAUAGAAGAAUUUUUCCGGAGCCAAGCAUAUAUUUUCAACCAUGACUUUAAUAAAACUCUACCAGCUAUGCAUUUUGUGGACCACAGUUUUCUGAUAGUACGAAUAGAUAGCUGUCGUCCAGGCUUUGGAAAAAAUGAAGGUCUCCACAGCAAUUGCGCUACCUGUUGUGUGGUUUGUGGUCCUGGGACUUUUAGUCCUGAUGUUGAUGUUACAUGUCAGACCUGCGUUUCUAUCCAAAUCUACGGAGCUAAAUCUUGCCCAUAA